UGGCGCGCCGCGCGCUCUCACUCCGUUUCUAACCGAGCGCUUGGUUUCUUCACGGAUGUUUGUGUGACGGAGAAACUUUCACAGGACUGGGAACUCAGCAUCUGAAUACGGCUGACAGUUAUUGAUGAUGGAGAUUACUGGUAAUGAGCGACGCGCGAGCUGCCGGAAUAUUGCGCGCGCUGGAUCACGCGCGUCAGGGCGCGUCACACAUCAACACUUUCUCCAUUAGAACAGCUGGAGCUCAACGGGUGCAGUCUUCAGUAUGAGAGCCGCUCUGAGCAUCAGUGUCGCUGUGAUCCUGUGGCCGAUCUUCAUUUGUCUUCACACACACACUCAGAGGAAGAUCCGGUCGGAUCCGCUGACUGGUUCUGACGGGUCGAGGUCGAGGUCGUGGAGCUCCUGGGGUUCGUGGGGUUCGUGUUCGCUCUCCUGCGGUGGAGGAGUUCAGGAACGGAUCAGGAUCUGUCGGGUCGCUCCCAGCGGAUCAGCGCCGGGCCAGCAGAGACCGCAGAGCCUCAGGCAUGGAUGGAGACAAGCGAACCGUGGCAUCAGUGCAGGGACGUACGGAUACGGCAGGACUUCAUACGUAACGCCUCUACUGAAGGAUUCUGGCCGAACAGCCCAAAACACACGGAGACGAUCGGCAUUAGACGUCCCUCUCCAGAGUUACAGGACUCAGGGUAGAACCGUCCAUCUGAACCGGCGCGCUCACACACCGGCAGCGCAGAACCGGCCGUACGACGCGGUCCCGAACGCCUCCUGCCCCGGAGCCCAGAACCAGCACAAGAUCUGCAAUGCCACGGCCUGUCCGUCAUCCAGCAGACCAAUCAGAGACGUGCAGUGCUCCUCCUUCAACACGCAGCUCUUCAUGGGGAGACUGUACCAGUGGGAACCUUUCCACGACGUGUCGAGUGAUCAGGGCUGUGAGCUGAACUGUCGGGCCGUCGGCUUCAGGUUCUACGUCCGUCAGUCGGGGCGAGUCGUCGACGGGACGCCCUGUGGACACGACGGGACAUCGGUGUGUGUGGCGGGAAAGUGUCAGAGCGCCGGCUGCGACGACCUGUUGGGUUCUGGGAAGGUUCCUGAUAAAUGUGGCGUGUGUGGAGGGGAUAACAGCGCAUGUAAGCUCGUCUCGGGCCUGUUUCAACACAGCCUGGCCAAAGUGGGCUAUCACAAGAUCGUGGAGAUUCCACCGGGAGCCACCAAAAUAAACGUCACGGAGAUGGUGAAGAGCAGGAACUAUCUGGCUCUGCUCAGUCGGUCUGGCCGAUCCAUUAUUAAUGGAAACUGGGCCAUCGACCGUCCAGGAAUGUACGAGGGAGUGGGAACGAUGUUCAUGUACCGGCGGCCCAAUGAGAUCAGCAGCAGAAGCGGAGAGUCGCUCCUGGCCGACGGCCCGACCAAUGAGAUCCUGGAUGUGUAUAUGAUCUACCAGCAACCCAAUCCAGGCGUCCAUUACGAGUUCCUGAUGCCGUCAGAGAACGCAGUCGAUGCCCAGCGUCCGGAAGAGACCCGGCUGGACGUAAAUGUUGUGAACGGUCAGACGGGCUCUGAUGCGAACGGCCGGUCGACCCUGGAGGGUCACGAGGGGUCAGGGGUCAAGUAUCCCCCCCCCAUCCCGGAUAAUCAGCUUCCCGAAGCUCCGCCUUCAAAGCGAGUCCGGGAGUAUAACUGGAAGCUCAGCGGCUCCACCGACUGCAGCGCCUCCUGUGGCAGAGGUAGCAGGUACUCCGUGUUCGUCUGCGUUCAUCGGGUCACUCACACACACGUGCCGAUCGGUCUGUGUGACGGCAACACCAAACCCAGCGCUCAGGAGGAGCCCUGCAACGUCCAGCCCUGUCCCGCUUUCUGGGACGUCGGCGAGUGGUCGGAGUGCAGUAAGACAUGUGGUUUGGGUCUUCAGCAUCGCCAGGUCUUGUGUCGUCAGGUGUACGCCAACCGCACGCUGAACACACACUCCAGCCGAUGCCACGCGGAGCGGCCCGAGACCAGCAGCACCUGCCAGCUGAAGAUCUGCAGCGAGUGGCAGAUCCGCUCCGACUGGAGUCCCUGUUCUGUGCCCUGCGGCGUGGGUCAGAGGUCACGUGAGGUGCACUGUGUCAGUAAUGUUGGUGAUAUCGUGGCAGACGACGAGUGCAACAUGAAACUGCGUCCCAGUGACGUGGAAAACUGUGACGCGGGUCCGUGUUCGAAGAGCUGGUUCUUCAGCGAGUGGAGCGCUCAGUGCUCUGCGGACUGUGGCGUGGGUCUGCGGACUCGCAGUGUAGUGUGUCUCAGCGAUCACACCAGCGCUCUGCCUCUGGAGGGCUGCGGGUCCGAGCGGCCGGGCGAGACUCAGUCCUGCAACAGCGGCCCCUGUGAGAGCCACACCGAGUGGGUCACCGGGCCCUGGACUCAGUGCUCAGCGGAGUGUGGCGUGGGCAGUCAGCACAGGGCAGUGGUGUGUCUGAUGAGCUCAGACGAGGGUUUCUCAGUGAUGCCGGCGUUCGAGUGUUCGUCUCUGGACCGACCGAUCAGCCAGAAGAACUGCUUCGUCAAAACCUGCGCAGCAAAGUGGUUCCACACCGAAUGGAGCGAGUGCUCUAAGUCGUGUGAGUCCGGUUACCGAGUGCGAGAGGUGCGCUGUCUCUCUGACGAUCACAUGACCAGCAGUCUCUCUGACGAUCACAUGACCAGCAGUCGCUCUGACGAUCACAUGACCAGCAGUGACCUCUGUGAGCAAACACUGAAGCCACAUGAGAGGGAGGAGUGUAACCCUGAGCCCUGCCUUCCUCUGAUUGAUGAAAAGUGUCGUGAUAAAUACUUCAACUGUAACGUGGUGGUCCAGGCCCGGCUCUGCGUGUACGACUACUACCAGACGGCGUGUUGCGUGUCGUGCCGGCGCGCGGAGAACACGAGGCGUCGGUCAUGAGCACACCACCGUCUCACACACACGGGUCCCUGCCGGAGCGAGAGACACUGCACACACACCGCUCCGGAGAACGAGCCGG